CUCGUUUAUUUAUUGCAUUACAAACAUCUAUCGAUACGCAUCUGUCGUUACAUCGAAAUAUCGAAUUCCAUACAAAAUUGUACGACGAUUACGAUUACUUCGUCGCGUGAUAUAACAUUUGCGCAUUAUGUCACUUCAAUCACGCUGUAAUCGGUAUGUUUUCAUCUAUGUUUAUUCAUUACGCUAAAUGUCAGUGACGUUUCAUGAAUAUUACUUGAAAUUGAAAUCAUCGUGACGCAAACAUGACAAAAAGUACAUCAAUAAUUGGAUAUUAUCCUUAACUGCAGUGUUGCGUAAUGUUUUCAUAGAAUGACAGACAAAGUUGAAGAAACAACUGUGUAUCAGUUCAGUGUACCCUAGCACUUGAGGAACAAAACUCUGCUAAAUAAUAAUUCUUUCUAUUUGUCGAACAUUCUGUUAUCGUUCAGAGAAGAUACCCGGAAGACACAUCGCGCGCCUCUGACGACGAUCAAAUUUAUUUGCAUUUCAUGGUUCGGAAACAGUUGAAUUUCGAACGCCCACCAUACUAUUCUGUUUAUUUUGAUACGUGCCACACGUGUCCACUGCUGGGAAUUUGCGAACACCCGGUAUACAUAUGUACAACGACCCUUAUGCAUAUAUGUAGAUACGCGGUGAUAGGGAUUUAAAAAUAAAACUUGUUCUAUCUUGUGGAGGGAGUUUAUACAUUGCUGCUAUUACGAUUAAAUGAACUACAUUAAAGAAGAAUAUGCGAUUGAAGAGUGAAUGCGCUAUAUUCAAUUUCAGGGCGAUACAUUUCCACGCUGCUUACGACGCUCUAAGUAAAUACCGUAAUUGCGUAAUUAAGUUAAUUCACCUAUCAAUGGGAACACGAUUUCGACGGGACCGUAGUCGAAAUUCUCGCAACACCAUCGUAGCCAGAGUCGGGUAGAAUUUCAUUCGAAUAAUGGAUGACGAAUAAAACAUUUGUAUAGCUUUUUAUUCGCAACGUUUAUUCGAUCCAACAGCUAUUUGAGUAAUUUUGUAUUCAUUCAACGCGGAAGUAUAAUUUGAUUGUGUAACUCAAAUAGUAAUUUUUAUUGAACGAAUAACGAUCAGUUUAUUCUUUAUUCGUUAAUCGAAAAUCCGUUAUCUAGAUGAGGAUUGUGUUCAUCUCUGACCUCUGGUAGCAUGUGUAACAGUCUACGCACCUACACAGCACACCACGCGAUUUCGCCACGUGCCGAGCAGGUUGCUCUUGCCAGUUUCUAUGAGAAUGAUGAACCUGCUGCACUAAUUAGUGAACCUGUUGAAGAUACGUCGGAUGACGAUUAUAGAGAAAUUGCAGAAAAAAUUGUGAAAAGUGUUAAUCCCUCUGACAUGGAAGGAAAAUCAUCGAAAGGAAAAUCAAAAGCACAAUCUAAGUUUGCAACACUUACCGAUCUUAAGGAUAAAGAGAGUAGCCCUGAAGAAGAAGAAGGACAAGCAUUUUAUGCUGGUGGUUCAGAACACAGUGGACAACAAGUUCUAGGACCAGGAAAAAAGAAAGAUAUUGUCAGCGAUAUGUUUAAAUCGUGUCAGGGACAAUCAGUUGAUGUAAAACCAAAGCCAAGUGGGCAACAAAGACCCAAUACUUUUAGUGGUACUGGAUACAAAUUAGGCCAAACUAGUUCUGAUACAGAAGUUGUUACUGCUACAUCCUCUAACCAUCAGCAAUCCAAUUCCGGGCCUAUUAUUUUGAAAUUAUGGAAAGAUGGAUUUACUAUAAAUGAUUCUGAGCUCCGUCUGUACAGUGAUCCAGAAAAUAGAGAAUUCCUUGAUACAAUUAAGAGAGGUGAAAUACCAACAGAAAUACGUCAAGAAAUUCAAAGUACUGAAGCAUGGCUUGAUAUGGAGGAUCAUCGUCAUGAAACAUAUGUUCCUCCAAAAGUAAAAGUAAAAGCUUUUACUGGAAAAGGACACAUGCUAGGAAGUCCCUCUCCAGCAACUGUUGGCAUGACGAUACCAACAGAUCUUGCAGACCAAACAGCAAAUGAAUCACAGGCAAAGAAACAACUAAAUUUAAAUGAAUCAAAACCCACUACGACACUACAAAUUCGUCUUGCCGAUGGUACUAGUGUGAAAGCUCAAUUUAAUUUAACACAUACAAUCAAUGAUUUGAGGCAAUAUAUAAUCACUAUGAGACCACAGUAUGCUAUGAGAGAGUUCAGUCUAUUGACAAUGUAUCCUACCAAGGAGCUUGCUGAAGAUAAAACUAUCGAAGAAGCUGGUUUACAAAAUACAGCAAUAAUUCAACGACUGAAAUAAAUGUUUUUCCUAGAUCCUUAGUUAUGAGAGCUUGAGUGAUGUAUCAAUUAGAUGAUUCUUAAAUAUAUAUUGAGAAUACUUGAAAGUAACAUUCAAUAAUUUUUUGGUAACUGACUGGAACAUACUUUAUUAUUUUCCAUUUUUAUUUGAAAUUUGGUUUUUAUAAUGUAAUAUUAAUUUUGCUGAGAUAAUACUGGGAACAUAUUCCUGAACUGAAAUUCGAUAUUGAACUUUUUAUUAGUAAUAUAUGAUAAAAUUACAGAACUUUUGUACAAUAUAUAAUAAAAUCAUCAAUGCAA